UUUUGUAUUCAUUCCUUUAUUCAAUUUUUUUGUUUUAAAUUUUACGUGCUAGUAAAUUUCUUUAAGCAAAUUCUGUACCUUUCACGCCAAAAUUUCUCUCAUUUUCAAAAAUAUUAUAAAUGGUUGAAGCAUCAUUUGUCUUUUAGAAUUUUUUUCGAGUUUUGUAAUAUCGUACGUCGUUUGUUCAGAUAAAGGAAUAAAUUUGAAAAAAUCACGCUCUCUGACCAUUUAUAGGAGAGGAAUUUGAAAAAAACUGAAAAAUAACUACCAAAUUCUUUUACAAAUUAAUUUUUAUUUUAUAUACCUAUUUUAAUUUAUCCACUUAAUUAUUUUAAUUUCAUUGUUUUUGCAGCUACAAAUGAAUAAAACAACCUUUUACGCAUCAAUUUUGGCGUCUUCUGCUGGAGCGGCUUCUUUGGGUUUUAUUUCUGGUAACUAUUGUUCAUCAAAUGAAUCAAAAAACGACUUUUGGAGGAGAUGGCGUGUGUUCGCUGAUAGUGCUGGAACGGCUGUUGCUUUACCUCCACAAGUUACACCUCUGCCCUCGGGCCCUGUUGAAGUGAAGCAACCACAAAAGAGUAAUAUGGUUAAUGAAUUUCGGAAAGGGCCAUCACGUGCAGCUGAAAUUAUGCGGUUUGGAUAUCCAGGAUUUGAUAAUUUGAGAACUUAUGAGGAUUUUAUUGUCAGCUAUGAUCGAAGGAAUAGAGUCGCUCAUUGGGUUAUUGAACAUCUUACAAAGGAUGUUAUCGCUUACAAUCCAGAUGUUGACAGAAGUAAAUGUAUUUUCAGACCAGAUACUUCUAUUCAUCCAUAUUUUCAAUCACAAAAUGAAGAUUAUAAAAGGAGUGGUUAUGAUCGUGGACAUUUGGCAGCCGCAGCAAAUCAUCGUAGUAGACAAUUAACAAUGGAACAAACUUUCUUUUUAACAAAUAUGACACCACAAGUUGGUAAAGGAUUUAAUAGAGAUAAAUGGAAUGAUUUGGAAAAACAUGUUAGACAAAUUGCCCGUGAUAGCUUGAAUGUUUAUGUUUGUUCAGGUCCUCUUUAUUUGCCUUAUCAAGAAGAAGAUGGGCAUUUUUAUAUAAAAUAUAAAGUUAUUGGCGCUAAUCGUGUUGCUGUGCCCACUCAUUUCUUCAAAGUUGUUUUAAUCGAAAAAAUAAAAGAUCAAUUUGAAUUGGAGGUUAUAAAUAAUUUAUUUUCAAAAAUUGAUUUGUAG